CCGCGUCCAGCUCAGAGCCGAGCAGUCUGUGGGCGCCUGCCGCAGGGAUUCCUUCUGCCGGAGCCGAGCCGUUAUAUAAGGGGAGAAGAGGCACGCUCCCCUCUUCCUUUUACUGAUGGCAUCCUCCAGCGCCUAAAGCGGUGCAGGCGCCAGGACCCGGGCGAUGCCAUGUUACGUUGUCGCGGGGGGGCUGAGGAGAGAAGUUUGCGCGGCUCCUGCAUCAUUCAGCCGUAAGGUGAUUAGUGGGAUUUCCUUCCAGACGGAGUAGAUUGUGCGUCAUGAUCGCCUCAUGCAGUCACGACAGAUCGUGAUCGGCCGCGGUGGGCGACGGGCCAUGGAGCAGCUGCCUCUAACAUGAGACUCAAGUGCCCAAACUUUGCUGCUGGCCACGCAUGCAGCAGCCGGAGGGGAUUAGAGCGCAACAGUUCUCCGUGCUGCCGGCUCGUGCCCCCCUGCUCCCGAUAAGCGUCUCCGGCCGCCCCCUCCCCCGUGGCCAGGAUGAAAGUGUUCCGCAGGAAGGCGAUCAUCCUCUGCCUGGGCUACAUCCUGCUGCUGGUCCUCACCAUGCUCAACCUGAUGGACAAAUGGCACAAGGAGCCCCAGCAGUGCAAUGACCAGGUGAGGUACACCCCCUACCAGACCCGCUCCGACAUCCGCUACCUGUACCGACCCUCCCCACCUCGGAAGAGGCAGCUGGUCUAUGUCUUCACCACCUGGAGGUCCGGAUCCUCCUUCUUCGGGGAGCUCUUCAACCAGAACCCGGAGGUUUUCUUCCUCUAUGAGCCAGUGUGGCAUGUCUGGCAGAAGCUGUACCCUGGAGAUGCCAUGUCUCUGCAGGGUGCUGCCCGGGAUCUCCUCAGCGCCCUCUACCGGUGUGACUUGUCUGCCCUCCAGCUGUAUAACACUGCAGGGGCAAAGAACAUCAGCACCUUGGGCAUCUUUGGAGCUUCCACCAACAAGGUCAUCUGCUCCACCCCUAUAUGUUCGGCCUAUAAGAAGGAUGUGGUGGGUUUAGUGGAUGAUAAAGUGUGCAAGAAAUGUCCUCCUCAAAGCCUGAGCAUGCUGGAGGAAGAGUGCCACAAAUACAACACCAUAGUCAUUAAAGGGGUAAGGAUUUUUGACAUCAACGUGCUGGCCCCAUUGAUGGUAGACCCUUCCCUGGACUUGAAGGUCAUCCAUUUAGUUAGGGAUCCCCGGGCAGUUGCCAACUCCAGGAUUAAGUCUAGACAUGGAUUGAUUCGAGAGAGUCUUCAGGUGGUUCGUAGUAGAGACCCCAGGAUUCGUAGGGUUCCUUUUAUAGAUCCUGGACACAAACUUAACAAAAAGGAUGGUUCUGACUAUCAUGCCAUAGGUGCCAUGGAGGUAAUAUGUAGCAGCAUGGGCAAGACCCUAAUGACUGCGCUCCACCCCCCGAGCUGGCUCAAGGGUAACUACAUGGUAGUUAGAUACGAGGAUCUUGUUAUGGAUCCCAUUAAGACAGUAAGACAGGUCUAUGGAUUUGUCAACCUAUCAGUAAGUCCAGAGAUUGAGAAAUUCUCACUGAACAUGACUAGUGGCACAGGCUAUUCAUCGAAACCGUUUGUGGUAUCUGCUCGCAAUGCCACCCAAGCUGUUAGUGCUUGGAGAACAUUACUUACUUUUCUGCAGAUAAAGCAGGUGGAAGAGUAUUGCCAGGUCCCAAUGGACCUUUUGGGUUACCAAACAGUUGGCAGUCAAGAAGACGUCAAAGACUUUAGCAAGUCGUUGCUUAGGAAGCCCAUGCUAUGAAGACAGUCUUUAGGAUUGAUUGACACAAUGCCUGCAAAAACCAUACCUGACAACUACUGUACCAAAAGUCUGUUACUGUACAUUAAUGUAUUGUGGUAAACUAUGGGUUCUCUUUCCUGCAGUUUAUCUUCUUUCUUCUGGGGGUACCUUUUGAUGGUCUUUAGCUUGCACUCUAUUUAACGUGUCCUCAGGACUCACUAACACGGCAGGUUACAGCUAACAGUUAGGUCUGGGUCAGUCACUGUUUUAAUUCCUUCUUUAUUUAGUGUGUCCUGAGGACCAUGUGCAGAGUUAUCUACAGUUUGUUGUCCAUAAAAUAAUUAUCUGGAGCUAGAUCUAUUAGUGAUGAUUAUCUUGUGGCCUCCAACUAUUGUCCUCCCAAAAAGGGGGGGUUUAGCCUGUUCCAUCGUAUUGAUAGUUUUUUGCUGCUGACUCACAUGUUGGUUAUAUAGUUUGCAAGUUUGUUCGCCUUCAGAAAACAAAAAAGUACAUUGAUCUUUUGUCUCCAAACAUACAAGUACCUACAUUGCAUGAAUGGUCCUUCAGAGCUGUAGGGAAAACCCAGUGGCGGAGUUGGUAAAUGUUACCAUUACUGUUAAUAAAAGUCAAUAAUUUAUGACCAUUUUUGGAAAGUG